ACGGUAAACGAUUUAGAUGCUGAUCGAAGAUCUUCCUUUCGUGAUCCUAUGAAACAAAGUGGCGACGGAUGUGGUGUGUUGUGUCUUCAGUCUCUGUUUUAUAGCGUUCCUCAGUAGCACAUCGUAGAGAUCUACAAGAAAGAGUUCUUCUGCCGAAGACACCGUCUUGUUCUCUUCAACUAGCUACUACCCUGUUCAUCUGUAUUCAAUCCCACAUCGUCCAUGCAGUGACACUGUCUACAGAUGCUGGCUCUACAUACCACAAACCUCGCUCCAGGCCUGACCAUGCAACCAGCCAACCCCCACAGACCCCACUCCACACCCACAGCCACAAACAACAGGCCCCUAAUUGCAGGGAGUUACCCCCAGAUAAUCCCCAUGGCAACCAUCCCGCAGUCGCAGUUCCUAAUACGCGGCGGGUACACCCUCUUUCCUCCCCUCGCCUCGCCGCUCACAACCGUGAACAUGGAAGGAGCUUCGUUCAGUGGUCUGACCCCACUCCGCCCCAUUGGCGGACUAACACGACCAAUAACGGCGAUUCCCUACUACUCACCGACCGAAAUCUACCACCAGAGUGGUGGUAGGAGGACCAACAGUGCCACCGCCGAGGAGACCACACCAGGUAACCCUGUACUACAGCAGAACCGCGGGACCACCACCGCUAGCCUGCCUGCCUCUAGAGAGCGUGGGAGUCAGACCCUCCCACCACCCUCCUCCCCUCCUCCCCUCACCUCCCUCACACCGUCACGUUCUCCCAGUGCCAGCUGCAGCGAAAUGGGCCUCGGGGCUCGUCAAACGAGUUUGCCAAACUCGCUUGACCUGUCGGCCUCUUCCACGAGGUCUCUCAGCCCCGCCCAGAGUAUCCUGACCACGCCCACCGACCACACUCCUCAGACCACCGUCCCCCGACUAAUUACGGUUCCAAAAUCCCCAAUGGAUCCUGGGCACCACCACUUAUCAUCAACAGCACCCACCCCCACUGUUUCUGACGUGAAGAGAGAGCUUUCCGGAGGG